AUGUGGGUUAAUUCCCAAGGAGAAGAUCUAUCUUCGCUGGCUCAGACAAGCAUUCUACAGGAGAUGGACAAUAUUUUUGCAAUAGAAAGCUCCAUUGAGAUACGCUGUGGACAACCGCCACCUUCUUUUGUGAUCACUGAUAGGGAACGCAGUCCACAGAUUGCUCAACAGUCAGAUGACAUCAAGGUUGAUGGGGACACAGCCCGUCCAAACUUGUCUAUUGCUGUGGACAAGAAGAGUUUUACGCAUAAAUCACAGGCCCAGAAAGUGACUCAAAAUGAAGGGAGUUUUGAUUCAUCUGUCUGUGUGCUGGGCUCAGAAGAUUUCUCCUCUGGGAAGCAUUACUGGGAGGUGGAUGUUGAAAAAAGGUUCCAGGACUGGAACCUGGGAGUAGCCAGAAAAUCCGCUCCAAGGAAAGGAAUAAUGUCUCUGUCACCUAAAGAAGGAUUCUGGGCUCUGGGCUUAAGUUUUAAAGGUUACUGGGCAAGAACUGAUGCAUGGACACAGUUAGUGGUGCAGAAAAAUCCCAGGAAAGUCAGAGUUCACCUUAAUUGUGAAGAGAAAAUUUUGACUUUUUUCAGUGUUACUGACGUGUCUGUGAUGUUCACGUUCAAAGACUGUGCAUUCUCAGAAGAAGUUUAUCCAUUCUUUAAAAACUCACGCAAAGAAUCAACCUUGAGAAUUUGUUCAGUUAAAGAGGAAUAA